AUGCUACUCCCUCACGAAGUGAUGGGCUGCAUCUACGAUUUCGACCGUCAGCUAUUUCACAAGUUCUUUGGGACACCAGAGGCCAUCUGCACGCACAGAGAUUCGCGAAUACUGCCAGCACAUGAGAAUGUUCGCUUCGCAUUGGUGGUCCAAUCACCCAGCUGCUCGGCUUGGCUGUGUUCUGGAAAUAACGAGUUCGUCCGGAUCCAUGGGCGGUCGCCCUUCGCUGAUCUAAGUAUCCUUCCCGAUGUCAUGCACAUCGUUCACUUGGCUUGUUUAGUGGACGUGGUGACAUCUAUGCUUUUAGACCUCUCGGACACCCAAUUCCCCUGGCCGGGCAGUUCCCGAGAUAGUCGCCUUGAACACGGAUGGCGGGCUUACAAGGGCUAUUGUCAAAAAUGGGGCAUCGUGGACAGAGCCGAGAGGAAGCUCUUCACGAAUGAGGCCCUGAAAGCUGAUUAUGCGACUGUGUCGCAAAAGAUCCUGCGAGCUGCUGCGGCCAAAUACAUGGUGUUUUGGCUUCAUGAUCUGAUGGAAAACCUUCUGCAGCUCAUUCUCGGUGUGGUGACUGGGCUCAUGCACUUUGAGCAGACUCAGAUGCAGAAUGGCCGUUACUUCACAGAAGACCAAUGCCGCUUUUGCGAGUCUGCUUACUAUCUGUAUAGGGCCUCUUAUGAUCGACUGGCUUCAAUGGCCUUGGCCCAGGGAAAUCCUCGCUGGAAGGUGCGGCCGAAGCAACAUAUGCUGGAGCACGAAGUGAUGGACUUUAUGUGUGAGCACAGACUUAAUCCUCGCUAUAGUGCGAACUAUAUGGGCGAGGAUGCAGUGAGGAGGAUCAAGCAGCUGGCAAUCGCCAGCCAUCCGAAUCACUUGAGUCGACACGUCACACUGAAGUG